GGCGCGGGCGCAGGAAUGUGCGUUCCGGUUAAAUAGUGGGCGCAGGGGCGGCCGCCGCGGCUGCGGGGCCGGCGGGCGGCUCAGGGGGAGCCUCCAUGGCGCGGCGCGGCUCCGGGGGCGGCGGCGGUGGCAGCAGCGGCGCGGCGCGGCUGUGACAGGAGCUUGGCAGCCGGGGCCGGCCUUCCGUCUGCCCCACGCCGGAGCGGGGGAGCCUCGCCGGCGUCCCGGGGGCGCUGGGAGACCGGAGCCGUGGCGGCGGCGGCGACAGCGGCAGCCGGGGGCAGCCGGCGUGUCACCGCCUCUAUGAUGAAAUUUAAACCGAACCAGACGCGGACGUAUGACCGGGAGGGCUACAAGAAGCGGGCGGCGUGCCUCUGCUUCCGCAGCGAGCGGGAGGACGAGGUGCUGUUGGUGAGCAGCAGCAGGUACCCGGAUCAGUGGAUUGUACCAGGUGGAGGAAUGGAACCAGAAGAAGAGCCAGGGGGAGCAGCCGUCAGAGAGGUGUAUGAAGAGGCUGGAGUAAAGGGAAAGCUAGGCAGACUGCUUGGGAUAUUUGAGCAGAACCAGGAUCGGAAGCACAGGACAUAUGUGUAUGUUCUUACUGUGACGGAAAUACUGGAAGACUGGGAGGAUUCAGUUAAUAUAGGAAGGAAAAGAGAAUGGUUUAAAGUAGAAGAUGCAAUCAAGGUCCUGCAGUGUCACAAGCCUGUCCAUGCAGAGUACUUGGAAAAACUGAAACUGAGCUGUUCACCCACUAAUGGAAACUCUGUCGUUCCCCCUCUUCCAGAUAAUAACUCCUUAUAUGUCACUUCUGCACAGACUUCUGGGUUGCCCUCUACUGUGAGAUAAACAUUUGGAUUACCUUUUUAUUCAUGUCACAAGGGGAGACAUCUGUGGUCACAUGUAGGCAUCUGUAUAACUGUCAAUUCUAAGUGAAAUACGUGAAUGUGUCGUCAUGUCAAAUUUAUUUGAACGUGUUUUUCCUUUUUAACGAUGUAAAAUAGUAUUUCAGCAAACCAAAGCCAUAUAUGGAUUUUUUUUAAUUGCCUUACUAGGCCAUUUUUUUUAAAAAGAAACUUGAGUAUAUAAAUUUCCAUAUCCACUAAAAUAAAACAUGCAUCUCCGUGGUGUUCAGCUUAUUUAAGAUUUGUCAGUUUUAGCCAGUAGUUCUGCAAGAGUACUUGCUUAGAGAAAAGCUUGAGCAGAUAGUCUUCUACUAAACCCUUAUCCACAGAUGAAGUGCUCAGAUGUUAAGAGGGCACUGUUUGGGUAAAUGGGCAUGUUGAAGGCAGAGAUGCAUUAAGUGUGACUACAGUAAAGCACUAAACCACAUCUGGCCCGUCGAGACACUAAGCACUGCUUGACUCUGCCAAAAGGUUGCCUUGCCCUAUGCAGUCUUCACCUAAUUUAUAACUAAAGCAAGAACAGAACUUUGUCCUGCAGCUACCAAAACUAUCCACUUGACCUUUGUUUCAUUACAUGGUCAGCUGAUGAACUGUCAGAAGACUUGUAUGAAAAGCAUUGUGAACCCCUCUCCCCCUACUUUUUUCCUUUUAGCAUUUUGGUGUGUGUUGUUCACAGUGUAAAUAUGCUGCAGGUCCCAAAAAACUUCUGAUCUUCAAUGAGAAGCAUCUUGUGUAGUGUUCCUGCAGCCUGUUGUCAUUCAGAAAUGUGUAGAGGAAAGUAAGCCUUACCCAAGGGGCACCCUUACAUGAGAGGUGUCUGUUAGCAAGCACGUGUUGAGGUGUCUUCCCCCUGCAGGAGCCUACUAGUGGUACCUCCUGGGCUCAGAGACAGGUGGGUUGAUACUUAGACCAGUGGAGAAAUAAUACUGCUUUGCCUUGUUCACAGGGUGUGCUGAAAGCCACAAUUUUAAGUUAAUUGUUGUUUUAACACCAGUUGCUUCAGCUUCUUGAAGUAAAAGCUGUCCUCUUGAUAAAACUUAGCUGGAAUAAAUGAGGUACAGCUUACAACUUUUGUGUUCUUAAUUAUUUUCUCCUUUUUUUUCAGCCAAAAAUGAAAACUAAAUCCACUGUCGGUCUUAAUGUUUUUACUCAAGGAAUACUCUCUCUCCCUCUCCAUGUAUGUGUGUGUAUGGUUUCUUCUAUGAGAACACAACCUAAUUCACAUGAACAUCCUAAUUCUGAAUUUUUGUAGGAUCUAAACCCAACUAUACCUCCUCUAUAGUCAGCCAAAACAGGUUGAGGUAGACCAUUACCUCACGUGUGAAGUUUAUUCUGGGUAAAGCUCAUUCUCUUACACAACAUUUGAACCUUUGUAAAUAGUCUGACUAGUAAAUAGUGAGUGUAAAAUGGAAAAUAAAUGUAAUUUAAACCUUUUGUUACUCAAUACACAAAUGGUUAACUUCUACUUUUUUAACACAAAUUGUGUAAAAUGCUGCUAUAAAUUAAACUUUUUUGUGCUGUUACACUUUUUUAGGAAAAAAUGUUGCCACAAGUUACUCCUUAGAAAACCAGUCUUGUGCCAUAUGUAAAUGCAUUGAAACUAGGGAGACAGAUGAUCUGAUCUCUUGAUGCUGCUCUCUUUGAAGAGGCGUAAAUACUACUGACAAGAGGCAUGAGCCAUAAAGCUGAGGACUUCUGAAAUGUUGGGCAGGAUGCUACUUUUACAUCCCUGGAUAUCCUAUUCCAGGUCACUUCCAGAACUGGAAAGAACACACAGCUCUAUUCAAAUGCACCUAAAAGAUUCAAGUAUUGCCAACAGCUUAUCCUUUCACUCAUGGUGGACAAGGCUAGGGAAGGAGUGUUGAUAUUCCAGUAGUGAACACAUGUAUGCAUAUUUUACACUGAACCUAAUCCAGAUUGCGACACCAUUUGCUCAGAUCACUUCUUUAAACUGAAUGGUCUAUCAAAAGCAUUGUUUUGCCAGGCAAAACAGCAAGGUGGAGUUGAGCAUGCUAAAAGAUAUCUAAUCUUUGUACAAAUCAUGCCCACAGUGUGUAAGGGUACCUCUGGCUCUAAAGCUGCCUUUAAAGAGUGAAUAAUUUAACUUCUUUUGGUCACUUUGAUGCUCUCUUUUUUGUUCAGUAGUCAUUUUAACACUUUAAAUUGAGCAAACUUGUACAGGCUUUCUUGUAACAAGAUUAUAUAGGAUUUGUGAAAGCUAAAACAAGAAUCCAGAAUUUGAGUUUUUAUUCAUAAAAAUGCUUCUGUCUCCAUUUCAGAUUCUUGGAAUGAAACCAAUCCAAGCUUGUAUGAGAUUUAGUGGUAAUGCAUGAUCUUAUUUUGUAACUCUUAUGUAUUUGAUAAUAAUGUAAAAAUGUACAGUAUUGCUGUUGCUAACAACCUCAGAGUUGAUUGCCUAUAAAUAUUUUGGUUAUUUUUUGGUCAUACACAUUUGAGCUGUUCAGUAGUGCCACAGAGAUUUUCUUUUGUUUUUCCUAAACAGCAGUUGUUGUAUAAAUCUCUUCGGUCUCUAUGCAACCUUCAGAAUGAAGCUCUGUUGCUUAGUUUGACUUCUACUCCCUUUCACAGAUAAGUGUUCUCUGAAUUGUUAAUUGGAAACACUUAAGUUAUGCAAUGGGAAAAAAAAAACAUACCUGUAAAGAGGCAGUGGCAGGACUUCAGUCCUCAUGAAAUGUGACACUAAACUUCAACAGAAAGGGUCUGUGUAAAAAUCAGAUUAGGAAGGCUAAAGUUUGUUGUCUUUUUUUUCCCCACUACCUAUAAAUUUAAAUGUAGAAGCAUGUUGAUUUUACAUGCUUCUCUCUUGAGAGGGGCCAAACCUAUUUCAGACAGAGCAGAUUUGGCAUUUUUCUCAUGGCUUAAGUUCUGUACAGUGUAUCCACAUUUGGUUCUCCAGAGGAGAAAGGGAAGAGACAGGCUCUUACCUGCAAUUUUGAAAAAGUCUAGUUUGUACUGCUGCUUUUUCUGGCUCUCAGGUUUUGAGAUUAGCAUGAGUUAGAUGAUGCAGGUACCAAACAGAAAUAGCCUUAAAGUUUAAAAUCCUGUGGAGCCAGAAUGAAGUGAAACAGAUGGGCUUUUAAACACCACAAGAGAUACUGAGCUAUUGCACAGAGAUUGGUGAAGUGAAAAAUCUUAGCCUAGCAAUGGUCUGUUAACAAUGUGCUGUUAAAAAAACAAAACCAAAAAAACCCACAAAACUGAGAGGCAAACACUUGGUUUACUUACCAACAUGGUUUGUGAAGUGAAAACUGAAGGGAAGGGGUUGGGGGAGGGGGGCAAAUUAAGUUGUAAACAUUUUGACCUGCUUGCAUGGAUUUUCUUUAAAGAUUGAUGUAAGAAUUUUGACUUUUUAUAUUUGAAAAAUACCAGAAUAAAAUCAAAAUUAGUCCUGUG